CCCGGCCGCAGCCCCGCUGCGCGCCGCAGGUCUGUCCACUUGUUCUGAAGCGAUGACAGAUCCCUUCUGCAUUGGAGGAGGCCGCCGGCUCCAGGGGUCCAGCAGGGGUGGACCCACCAAGGAUGGUGGCCGGAAGGAAGUCCGACUUCCUCUGCUGCAUGACCCACCAAAGCUGGGGAUGCCCAUGGUCCGCGGUGGACAAACAGUUCCUGGCCAAGCCCCGCUCUGCUUUGACUCUGGAAGUCCAGCCAGUGACAAGAUGGAAGGGAAGAAAAAGGGGCGUCCAAAAGCUGAGAACCAGGCCCUCCGAGACAUUCCUCUCUCCCUGAUGAACCAGUGGAAAGAUGAAUUCAAGGCCCACUCGAGGGUGAAGUGUCCAAAUUCGGGGUGCUGGCUGGAGUUCCCCAGCAUCUACGGGCUCAAGUACCAUUACCAGCGGUGCCAAGGGGGUGCCAUCUCAGAUAGGCUGGCCUUCCCCUGCCCCUUCUGUGAGGCUGCGUUCACCUCCAAGACCCAGCUGGAGAAACACCGGAUUUGGAACCACAUGGACUGCCCCCUGCCUGCCCCCAAGCCGGGGCCAGUCAGCCGGCCGGUCACCAUCGGCCGGCCUGUUGGGGUCAGCAAGCCCAUUGGAGUGAGCAAGCCUGUGUCUAUUGGCAAACCCGUGGGUGUCAGCAAACCCAUUGGCAUCAGCAAGCCUGUCACAGCUAGUCGGCCCGUGCCAGUCACCAAACCAGUCACAGUUAGCAGGCCUAUACCAGUCACCAAGGCCAUGCCAGUUGCUAGGCCUGUGCCAGUCACCAAGCCCAUACCAGUUACCAAGUCUGUGCCAGUCACCAAACCUGUGCCAGUCACCAAAUCCAUUCCAGUCACAAAACUUGUGACAGUCACCAAACCUGUGCCAGUCACCAAGCCAGUGACGGUCAGCAGGCCCAUUGUGGUCACCAAGCCAGUGACGGUCAGCAGGCCCAUUGCCAUCAGCAGACACACACCACCCUGCAAAGUGGUGCUGCUGACUAAGUCUGAAAACAAAGCACCUCGAGCCACAGGGAGGACCAGCAGUAAGAAAAGGGCUGCGGACAGCCUGAACACUUGCCCUAUCCCGCCCAAGCAGGCGAGGCCAGAGAAUGGGGAGUACGGCCCGUCCACUAUGGGUCAGAGCGCAGCCUCCCAGCUGAGUGCAGAGCAUGGCAAUGGCUCCUUGUUGCUGGGCAGUAGGUCCUUGGCCAGCAAGGAAGCACUGCGGAUGGCAGGCCCUGUGUCCCCGCCUGAGGAAGAUCCGGAACGCACGAGGCACAGAAGGAAACAGAAAACACCCAAGAAGUUUACAGGGGAGCAGCCAUCCAUUUCAGGGACUUUUGGGCUCAAAGGCCUGGUCAAAGCCGAGGACAAGGCCCGAGUUCACCGCUCCAAGAAACAGGAGGGGCCUGGCCCUGAGGACAUUCGGAAGAAAGUGCCAGCCCCUAUCACUGUCAGCAAGGAGGCACCAGCCCCCAUGGCCCACCCAGCCAUAGGUGGCCCUGAGGAACAGUGGCAGCGGGCCAUCCACGAACGAGGGGAGGCUAUCUGCCCCACCUGCAGUGUGGUCACUCGGAAGACCCUCGUGGGACUCAAGAAGCACAUGGAGGUGUGUCAGAAGCUGCAGGAUGCACUGAAGUGCCAGCACUGCCGGAAGCAGUUCAAGUCCAAAGCUGGUCUCAACUACCACACCAUGGCCGAGCACAGUGCCAAGCCCUCUGAUGCCGAGGCUUCCGAGGGGGGUGAGCAGGAGGAACGAGAGCGGCUGCGAAAGGUACUGAAGCAGAUGGGACGACUACGCUGCCCCCAGGAGGGCUGCGGUGCUGCCUUCUCCAGCCUCAUGGGCUACCAGUACCACCAGCGGCGCUGUGGGAAACCGCCCUGCGAGGUGGAUAGCCCCUCUUUCCCUUGCACCCACUGUGACAAGACCUACCGCUCCAAGGCUGGCCAUGACUACCAUAUGCGCUCGGAGCACACAGCCCCGCCCCCCGAGGACCCCAUACACAAGCCACCUGAGGCCGAGGACCUACUGGGUGUGGAGCGGACCCCAAGCGGUCGCAUCCGCCGCACGUCGGCCCAGGUUGCCGUGUUCCAUCUGCAAGAGAUUGCAGAGGAUGAGCUGGCCCGAGACUGGACCAAGCGGCGCAUGAAGGAUGACCUCGUGCCCGAAACUGCACGGCUCAACUACACGCGGCCAGGCCUCCCCACGCUGAACCCCCAGCUGCUGGAGGCAUGGAAGAGUGAAGUGAAGGAGAAGGGCCACGUCAACUGCCCCAACGACUGCUGUGAAGCCAUCUACUCCAGUGUGUCUGGACUUAAGGCCCAUCUCGCCAGCUGCAGCAAGGGGGACCACCUGGUGGGCAAGUACCGAUGCCUGCUGUGUCCAAAGGAAUUCAGCUCUGAAAGUGGUGUCAAAUACCACAUCCUGAAGACCCAUGCGGAGAACUGGUUCCGUACCUCAGCAGACCCACCUCCCAAACACCGGAGCCAGGACUCGUUGGUGCCCAAGAAGGAAAAGAAGAAAAACCUGGCAGGCGGGAAGAAGCGGGGCCGCAAGCCCAAAGAGCGGGCCCCUGAAGAGCCAAUGCCCAAGCUGUCCCCCCGCCGGGAUGACUGGCCACUGGGAUGCAGAGACAAGGGGCCCCGGGGCUCCACUGGCCGGAAGGGGGGAGCUGGAAAAACACCUGAAAAGUGAGCUUGGUGGCUGGGGCCCAGCCCCCUGCCCACUCUAUUCAGGGCAGGGGGGCUGGCUCUAGGACCUGCUGCCCUCCAGUCCUCCAUCCCUGCCCUGCCUGUUUAGCCAGCCAGUGGGAUAGCCAGCCACUCACCACACCCUGCAGGUACCCUCACUCUGGUCAGGCUGCCACAGGGCAUUCCUGGGUUGGGACCCGGGAAGAGCAGAAGUGCAAUAGCCAGGAAAGUCAGCCCUCUGUGGGAGAAUCUGUUGGCUGCGUGGAGCAGCCACAUGGCCUUCAGGCCCCAGUCUCUACUUUGUCAGGACCGGCUGGAUCCCCACCCUGGCUCCCCUCAGGCUUGGGCCUCCCUGAUGACCCAGGCUCUUGGCUGAUGAGGGCACCUGCAUAGCCCUGGCUGCCCCUUGGGCCUCACCUCCACCCAACACUGGAAUCUGGCCCCCCUCAGCUACCUCCCAGGACAGACCCCGUCCGACCACUGCCGUGCCGACCUGACAAGCACCUGUCCUCCCUGGCCCACCCACUUCUGGUUUUGCUUCUGUGCUCUACCUCUCCAGGCCUGUCCCUGGCCCCUCACUCCUACAUCCCUCACCCUUACUCUGUCAUGGCGUCCUGCUGAGCCAUGCCCAGCCUCUUGGGCCUGUGUUUGUGCUCCCAGUCUGGGAGAGAGUGGCAGGAGCAGGGGUUUGAGGACCCUGGACACAGCUGCUAGCCCUGGGGGUGAGGCCCCUGUGUGUGCUCCGCCUCCAACCUGCAGCUUUUUGACAGUGGCCCCCGGCCAGGGCAGCCUAAUGGGGCAGAGGCAGACUAGUUUGGGUUCUGGGGUCUACCUGCGCCCAUGGGCAGGAAGCUGCAUAGAAGUAGCCUGGCUCUCAGCUGCUGUCUGGCCACUGGGAGGUGGCGACCUUCCCUCUUCUGGUCUGUUCGGCCUCAGCUUCCUUGGGAGCCCCCUUUUCCCUUCUCUCAACCUGCUCCUUUGUGUGUGGUUGUGUGUCACUUGGUACAGGAGCCAGCCAGGGCAGGGGAUUUGGCCGAGGUCACAGUAAUGGGUGGUGCUCCAGGGCUCUGUUUUUGCUCCUGUGGGCCCAUGAGGAUUGUGGGGUCUGCAGGUUGGACACUGGACAGGCAAGGAGUCUGGGGACCUGGAGGAGGUGGCUACACAGCCUCUGGGACCCUCCCAGGUUCCCACCUUUCCCAUGGUGUUGCAGGGAGGAGGGUCCCUGGAGGGUGGGUUUGGAUGGAGGCCGUUUUCCAGGGGGUAAGCUGAAGACUCAAUCUUGCCAAUCCUGGACGAUGUGAAUUUUGAUAUUUGCCUGUGUGCGUGUCUCCUGGGUGUAGUGGAUGCCAGUCUUGUUGCUGUGACAAGUAACAACCUUUUUUUAAAUUCUGUUUUUUAUACAAAAACUCACAACAAUCUGUCACUUUGGUGCUAAGGGUUUCCUGGUGCCGAUGGUGGGUCUUGGGGCCGGUGGCCUCUGGGGCUAGGGCCUGUGCUGCUCAGAGAGGCAGUAAUGGCUGGCCACUUCUCUGCCCCACCCCCCACCCCAGGAAGAAGGGGCCCCCACUGGGCUCAGCUGCCCUUGACCUACAGUGGGGAGACACUUUCAGGGGAGAUCUGUAGCUGGGGACACAGCACACAUCCUGUGCCUGGUUUCUUUAGCUAGAAGGUGCUGACCAUCAGUUGCCCUGGCCUGGUGUGCUAGGGAAGAAACGUGGCGACCUGGACUCCCCUCAUUCACACGGUCUGGGCAGAGGUGGGGUGACAGUGGCAGAGGCCAAAGGGUAGGUUUGGGGCAGGAGGGCCUUCCUGUGUUCUGGAGCUUCAGUGCAGUCUGCCCCAGGCAGCUCUGCAGGGGCAGCCUCAGAAGGGUGUGGGGGAGGGGCAGGCACUGGGCUGGAGCUUAGGUGCACUUUGGGCUUGUCACCAGUGGUGGGGCAGGUUGGACCCCAAUGCCUCUUAAGGAUGUGGCUGCAUGCCCCAGCCUCUCAGGUACUUGGCCCUGGGGGAUAGGGGAAAGGGGUCUGGUUUUUGUUGGGGGAUGAGUUUCCAGGACACUUCUGAAAGCCCACAGAUAGCCCUGGUGUGGGAAGGGGGUCCUGGAUAGCUUGAUGUUUAGCACUUUAACCCCCUUUUUUGUGUUUAAGUAUGGGGCUGCUGCCAAAUGUGGCCAUUGAGUCUAAGCACCCCUCCUUUCCCCUGGUGCUGGCAGGUCUCUGGGGCUCUGCUCCGAAGAGGGUAGGGGCUCCAAUGGGGUCAGAUCUGCCCACCUCUGGCCCACAUGUGGCCGGGUGAGCACCUUGGGUGCCUCAGAGGGACCAGCAUGGUAGACCUUGGGGUGUGGUCGGUAUGGGCUGAGAGCCCUCUGCUGAUCUACCUCUGGUUCAGCGCACCCCCCCCCCCAAACAGGAAAGUGCCCAGAAGGGCUGACUCAAGAAGCUGUCACUUCACGUAAACUAGGAUGCACUUUAUUUGCUGAUGCAAAGGCAGAUGAGGGGGCCUCCUGUGUGCCCUUCAGCCCUCCUGUAUGGUGGUGCUGGACCAGAUAGGGAGGGGAGGGCUGUUUCCCUGCACCCUGCCCUGGCCCAAGGCAGCCUAAGCUGGGAAGGCCAGUAGGUCACACCCUUGGGGUUUCUUGGUUUGGGUUUUUAAUUCCAGUUCUCCAUACAUAAGUGCAUUUCGAAAGAGAGGCUCCAACUGUCACUUGUAACCAUAUAUAUACAUAUAUAUUCUAUCUACAAAGUGUUUAUUUGCAAGAUGUUGGACGGUGAGCUCAGUCCCACCUGCCCUGUGACCAUCUGUCCCAGUCCACUCCCCACCCCGCCCCAGGCCCCGAGUGGCACGGGACGGCCGUCACUGUAUGUAUUAAAGAUGACUGUAUCAAAUAAAUGUUUAUUGAUUUUUUUUUGA